GCAUGGGCACGUCCGCGCGCUGGGCGCUGUGGCUGCUGCUCGCGCUGUGCUGGGCGCCCCGGGACAGCGGCGCCUCUGCAAGCGGGAAAAAAGGCAAAUGUGAUAAUUCCCAAUUCCAGUGCACAAACGGUCGCUGCAUUACUCUGCUGUGGAAAUGCGAUGGCGAUGAAGACUGUGUUGAUGGCAGCGAUGAAAAGAACUGCGUAAAGAAGACGUGUGCUGAGUCUGACUUCGUGUGCAAAAACGGCCAGUGUGUUCCUAACAGAUGGCAGUGUGACGGGGACCCUGAUUGUGAAGACGGUUCUGAUGAGAGCCCGGAACAGUGCCAUAUGAGAACAUGCCGCACAAAUGAAAUCAGCUGUGGCGCCCGGUCCACUCAGUGUAUCCCAGUGUCCUGGCGGUGUGAUGGUGAAAAUGAUUGUGACAAUGGAGAAGAUGAAGAAAGCUGUGGCAACAUAACCUGUAGUGCUGAUGAGUUCACUUGCUCCAGCGGCCGCUGCGUCUCUAGGAACUUUGUGUGCAACGGGCAGGAUGACUGUGACGACGGCAGUGACGAAUUGGACUGUGCACCGCCGACCUGCGGGGCCCACGAGUUCCAGUGCAGCACCUCUUCCUGCAUCCCCCUCAGCUGGGUGUGUGAUGAUGACGCGGAUUGCUCCGACCAGUCAGACGAGUCUCUCGAACAGUGCGGUCGUCAGCCCGCGAUGCACACGAAAUGUCCUGCCAGCGAGAUCCAGUGCGGCUCUGGCGAAUGCAUUCACAAAAAAUGGCGGUGUGACGGAGAUCCCGACUGCAAGGAUGGCAGUGACGAGGUCAACUGCCCUUCUCGAACCUGCAGACCCGACCAAUUUGAAUGUGAAGAUGGUAGCUGCAUCCAUGGCAGCAGGCAGUGCAAUGGCAUCCGAGACUGUGUGGAUGGCUCUGACGAAGUCAAUUGCAAAAAUGUCAAUCAGUGCCUGGGCCCUGGAAAGUUCAAGUGCAGAAGUGGCGAAUGCAUAGACAUCAGCAAAGUGUGUGACCAGGAGCAGGACUGCAGGGACUGGAGCGAUGAACCCCUGAAGGAGUGCAAUGUCAAUGAAUGCUUGGUCAAUAAUGGUGGCUGCUCUCAUAUCUGCAAAGACCUGGUCAUAGGUUAUGAAUGUGAUUGCGCCGCUGGGUUUGAACUGAUAGAUAGGAAGACCUGUGGAGAUAUCGACGAAUGCCAAAAUCCAGGGAUCUGCAGCCAAAUUUGUAUCAACUUAAAAGGCGGCUACAAGUGUGAAUGUAGUCGUGGCUAUCAAAUGGAUCUUGCCACUGGCGUGUGCAAGGCAGUAGGCAAAGAGCCAAGUCUGAUCUUCACUAAUCGAAGAGACAUCAGGAAGAUUGGCCUAGAGAGGAAGGAAUACAUCCAACUUGUGGAACAACUAAGAAACACGGUGGCUCUCGAUGCUGACAUUGCAGCUCAGAAGCUAUUCUGGGCUGAUCUAAGCCAGAAGGCCAUCUUCAGUGCCUCAAUUGAUGACAAGGUUGGUAGACAUUUUAAAAUGAUCGACAAUGUCUAUAAUCCUGCAGCCAUUGCUGUUGAUUGGGUGUACAAGACCAUCUACUGGACUGAUGCGGCUUCUAAGACUAUUUCCGUAGCUACCCUAGACGGAGCCAAGAGGAAGUUCCUGUUUAACAGUGACUUGCGAGAGCCUGCCUCCAUAGCUGUGGACCCGUUGUCUGGCUUUGUUUACUGGUCUGACUGGGGUGAACCAGCUAAAAUAGAAAAAGCAGGGAUGAAUGGCUUUGAUAGGCGUCCGCUUGUGACCGAGGACAUCCAAUGGCCUAAUGGAAUUACACUCGACCUUGUCAAAAGUCGCCUCUACUGGCUUGAUUCCAAGUUGCACAUGCUGUCUAGUGUGGACUUGGAUGGCCAAGAUCGUAGGAUAGUGCUCAAGUCUCUGGAGUUCCUAGCUCAUCCUCUUGCGCUCACCAUAUUUGAGGACCGCGUCUACUGGAUAGAUGGAGAAAAUGAAGCAAUAUACGGCGCCAAUAAAUUCACUGGGUCAGAGCUGGCUACCCUAGUCAACAACCUCAAUGAUGCCCAAGACAUCAUUGUCUACCAUGAACUCGUUCAGCCAGCAGGUAAGAACUGGUGUGAAGAAGAUAUGGAGAAUGGAGGCUGCGAAUACCUCUGCCUGCCAGCACCACAGAUCAGUGACCACUCUCCGAAAUACACCUGUUCCUGUCCCAAUGGGUACAGUCUCGGGGAAAACGGACGAGAGUGCCAGAGUCCUUCAACUCCUGUGACUUACAGUGAGACAAAAGAUAUCAACACAACAGACAUUCUGCGUACUAGUGGACUGGUUCCUGGAGGAAUCAACGUGACCACAGCAGUAUCAGAGGUCAGUGUUCCUCCAAAAGGAACUUCAGCUGCCUGGGCCAUCCUCCCUCUCUUGCUCUUGGUGAUGGCAGCCGUCGGGGGCUACUUGAUGUGGCGGAAUUGGCAACAUAAAAACAUGAAAAGCAUGAACUUUGACAAUCCUGUGUACCUAAAGACCACUGAGGAGGACCUCUCAAUAGAUAUUGGUAGACACAGUGCUUCUGUCGGACACACGUACCCAGCAAUAUCAGUUGUAAGCACAGAUGAUGAUCUGGCUUGACCGCUGAGGUCUAAAAUAACACCCCACCCCGGAACAGUAACCGAGCCAGCGCUGAAGUCUCCUUUCUUCCUCCCAUCCGGAAGGACAUCAAGAUAUCUUUCUGGGGAUCAAGUUUGUUUACUUGGUCAUUUUUAUAUUACUUUUGUAAAUAUUCCUGGCCACAUUCUACUUCAGCUUUGGAUGUGGUUACCGAGUAUGUGUAACCCUUGAAUCUCUAGACAGUAUUGCCAUCUCUGGCCACAUAUGCACUUUCCCGAGAAAGCCAUAUUCCAGCAACAAACCGUGUGUGGUAGUGACGCCCACCUGUACAUACAUUGUAUAGGCCACCUGUACAUAUCCCAGAGAACAAUCACUAUUCUUAAGCACUUUGAAGAUAUUUCUAUGUAAAUUAUUGUAAACUUUUUCAAUGGUUGGGACAAUGGCAAUAGGAUAAAACGGGUUACAAAGAUGAAAUUGCCAAAAAAAAUUUGUAAACUAAUUUUGUACGUAUGAAUGGAAUCUUUGACCUCUGUGGAGGUUUGCAAAGACUGACUUCAAACUACUGUACAUUUUUUUUUCAAGUGCUAAAAAAAAUUAAACCACACAGCUUAA